AAGAAAGCUUCAUGGAAGACUGACCACUGAAUGGCGGUGUUUUGGGUUUUUCUUUUCUACCAUCUUUCACGUGCUAAAGGUGAAGGUGGUUGUAGAGAUCUCAAGUAUCUCAAAUGCAUCGAGAACAAAACCUUGACUGGUCACGUGAUCAGUACGRUMAAGAUGAUGACACCUGCUCUUCAACUGUGUCAGAGUCAAUGUUUUCGUGAACACAAAUGUGUGUCGUACAACUUGGGCCCAGUAAUUGGACGGACCAGAUCGUGUGAACUAAAUGACGCUGACCACUCGACACGACCACGUUUCUUSGUCAACAAAACAGGCUAUGAAUAUUGUCCAAUUCAAAAUCCUUGUCUUUCCAAGCCAUGUCCUGUCGAGAGACUUUGUGUUCCGGAUUUUGCGUGGAAUACGUACAACUGCGACGAUGGAGGGUGGACACAAUGGGGAGUYUGGACACCACAAUGUCCUCCGAACUCAAUUUGUACAAGAAAUAGAAGUUGCACARAUCCUGCUCCAACGGAGAACGGUACAAGCUGUGCCGGAGAACACACAGAAACGAGGGAAUGCCCACCGAAGGAAGACCUGACUGGUUGUGAGAGUCCAUUGGGCAUGGAAGAUGGACGAAUUACUGAUGGAGACAUCAAGGCUUCCUCGUAUUUUAASGMGAGGAAUGCGCCAUGGUUUGGACGUCUAAAUAGAAUCAAGAGCUCCAGUGAUGAAGGGGUGUGGUCUUCGAGGGCAAGAAAAGAGGGCGAAUACAUCCAAGUUGACCUUAAAACCAUGACGUUCAUCACCAAGGUAGCAACUCAAGGAAGGCCAGAAAGUCAACAAUGGGUUACCAAGUACUCACUGGCUUACAGUAAUGACGCCAAAAACUGGAAGAACUACGAAGAAGACUGUGUUAUCAAGGUAACAUAUGKUUUUCCUGUGGAGAGGAAYAUGAUGUCUUGUUAG